CCGAAGGGCGGAAGUUCGUCGAAAACCAGACACCGACGACCAGCAUGUCGCUGUUCUGGCGAUCCCGAUCGGCGGUUCUCGCUAAAAUAUCGAGUCCUGCUGUGUCCUCGUCGCGUCACAUGAGAUAUGAUAUGAUAAAAAAGCAGAAACCGUUCAAGAGGAAAGACGAAGAUGGCCUUCCACUCAAAGUGGCUGCUCAACAGGCAUUGGCAUCUUUAGCUGCAAGAGGGUUCUGCAGACCGACAAAAUCGUACGAACCUCCGCAGGACGUUGAACCACGUCUGCAGGAAAUUUGCAAAGAUGCGUUGGGUGGAAAUCUGGAUGCAAGCUCGUGGAAGACUGCGGCUCUUUCUGAACCCUUAGUCAAGUACAAACUUCUAACACGCUGCAUCAAAGAAUUCAAACACGACAUCCCAAAUUCCUGCCUGAUGAACAUCACCUCUGUUGCGGACUUGCUGGACUACCUGACGACACCAGUACAGGGAACCAGUCCUUAUGACCAGCUUGUACAUAGAGCUCGCGUCCCUCCCAAUCUUCAUGCAGUUGCGGAACCUGUCCGUUUCCACCCAGAGACGGACACUUUCUUCAAUGGAGUGUCUGCAUUCCCUGGAAGCUCCACUAUUGUUACAGGACUGAAGGCGAAGAAGAAAUUUCGUGGAUUUACAGCCAAUCCCAAGUGGCCAUUUGUAUAGAUAGAUAUUUGUAGGUCAAGCCUAUCAAAGUAGAACGUGCACAUGUUUUGUUGGACGAGUUCAAUUUAUAGUAAAUGUCACUUCAUGUCACCAAAUCUGUCACUUUAUAGUACAGCUUAUCUCUAACACUGAAACAUUAUUAACGUGUGAAGAAAAACCAAGUGCAAGAUUUAUGCUUCUUGACCCGUGGCGUAUUGCAGCUUUUACUCGGGCUGCCGAUUGCCGAUUUUCGAUAAUCCAGUCUCUAAUGUUUUGGUCAUUGUUACAGAACACACGCAUAUUACAUAUAGAGACUGAAGCUUUCGGGUUUGACCCGAUUCUUUCCUGAAUUUGCAACCCAAAUUGAAGGUGAAACCUCACUUUUACCCACCACAUUGUCCUCACUGAGAUGUCUGUAAGAAUGCACACUAAUAUGUUUGGCAGCAGAUGCAGUUACAUCAUGGCUUGUACCAAACCAGUACAGUUAGUUUGGGUAACUGAGCCUGAUUUCUCCACGAAUUUAGCAUACUGGAAGUUUUAUUGCCCGAAUCUGCAGGAAUUUUGAGCGCAUGUUUAUUUACCCGAUUUUUACCCCCCGAAUUUAGAAAAAUAUAUUUCCCGAAUUCUUCUGGCUCUAAUUAUAUAGCAGUUGUCUCUCGAACACCAAUGCACACUUGCUUCCAGUGCUUUCUGUGGCACAUUAGUUGCAUAUAUCAGCAGCAAUUAGCUGGAGCAACAAGCAGCUGCAGGCAUAAUUAAAGUGAACUAGUAUACAAUAGGUGUGUCGUCCGUAGGUCUGUGAUUUUUCAUUCCGCGAGUUUUAUCAGUUAUAGCCGUAUUUUGAGUGCCUGUUUUAGGUGGCCCGAAGGUGCGGGAAAAUAGAAGACAUAUCGAAAAUUAAAUUUGCGAGAAUACGUAUCUUUUAUUUUACGUAAAGGUACAAAAAGUCACAUUCAACGACACACCCAAAAAAUAUUCAACUUUGGGCCGUCAGCACUUGGACAAUAAUAAUAAUUUUAAAUGUAAUACUAUACAGCCUAUGUGAAAAUUCUAUUAAAUCUAGCACAUAUAUUGCCUAUAACGAGUAAUUAUAAAUUGUACAGAGCAUGCAGAAACUAACGGAGCAAAUUAUGCAGACAAGACUAUUGCGAGAGUCUAGAAAUAUGCUAAACAUAGAGUAGUGCUAUUCACAGCUUAUUUAUGCUACAUUCACGAGAACAACUUGUAGCAUAUCCAGCACUUAAACUAUUUUGAACAAUGCCAUUGGCUCUGUUAGUCACAAUAAAAAGAGCACUGCAUAUUUACAA